AUGAACAAUUCCGAAGCUCAUCAAACAUUGGAAGCAUCACCUUCAGCACCUAUUGGAGAAAUGAAUAACAAUACCACUAACCACAGCGAAACUCCACUCUAUGAUAUGUUCGCAAAGUACAUUGAACAAUUUAUUGAAGUGGUACAGAAAAAGCAAUACAACAGACCAGCUAAUUUGGCAAACUUGGCAAAUAUGUUUUCAUUCCAACUGUUCUUAAUUUUUGUAUUGUCAGUAUUGUUUUUGUUUAACACCUCCCAACCGGUAUGGAUCCUCUUGUUAUCUAUGGCUGGAGUUGCAUGUGGUUUUUAUUCGAUGGCAACCAGAGAUCCACUUGGAAUGUUUAUGUACAGCCUUGUUAAUUUUGUUGCUUUUGUGCAUUCUUGUUUUUAUCUUGGUCCUUUUGCUGGCACCUCCCAUCUUAUUUUGAAUUCAAUGUCGUUUGUCUUGUUGUUGUUGAAUCAGAUUAAAUCUGUGGGAUAUGUGAUUGAAUUCGGAAAGGCAAAACUAGAGAAGAGACGAGUAUUUGAAUCCAAUAUUUAA